AUGUCUUGCAUUUAUAAUUUAGCUAAUGCAUUAAAUUUAUGUAACUUAGGUCUGCUCCUUUAUACGUAUACUUUGGCAGAAGAUAUUCCGGCAGGAUUAACUGUUUCUGCUAUUGUCCCGGACAUCGUGUCCAAAGCACCAAAUGAAUUACUUUCGGUUAUUUUUAAAUACGGCAAUGACAAAGAGAAAAACUUACAAUUCGGUGAAGAAUUGACUCCGACAAUCGUAAAGGAUCCUCCAACCAUAUCAUGGCUCGUUGACGAUUCUGCUUUCUAUACUAUUGUUAUGAUUGAUCCAGAUUCACCGAGUAGUCAGGAUCCGAAAUUGCAGGAAAUGUUGCACUGGCUGGUAGCGAAUAUUCCUGGUAGCGACAUAAGCAAAGGCGAGAUAAUUGCCGAAUACAUUGGAUCGGCUCCCUCCAAGGACACUGGACUGCACCGUUACGUGCUCCUGGCUUAUAAGCAAACAAAUAAAUUGAUCAUCGACAUGCCGCAUAUUUCUAACCACGAACGCACUGGGAGACCGAACUUUGUCGUUCGCGAUUUUGCUAGGAAAUUCAAUUUGGGUGAGCCGAUAGCAGCCAACAUGUUCAAAGCACAAUAUGACGAUUACGUAGACAUUCUUCGUAAGCAAAUGGGCGAAGCUUGAGAUUUAACAUUCGUUAUAAUAGUUUAUUUU